GAUGAACAUCCAGGACGACUUUUUGGUAUCAGAAAGGCGGCACUUGAAAAAGCGAAGGCAGUGCCAGCAAACAUCAUCACCUUGGAUGCAGAUGACGACCAGAGGGCGGCCAAGCAGGCCACACAAACGUCCCUGCUGCAAACAGAGGACGAGCUUCGCUUGCUAGGUGCAAGGCUUGAGAGCCAGAAGACGUUGUGCGCUCGGCUCGAGCAGGAAAUCGAGUCGCACAACAAAACAAGCGAGCUUUUGGAGGACAGGCGAUUUGAAAUCCAGGUCAAGACGGCACUGCAUACCUUGGCGGCUUUUACUGCAAGCUCUCAAAGCGUUGGCGCCGUGGCAACUAGCAGCAAAGCUGAAACAAAUGCUUGCCAUCCACAUCAAGGUCUAGAGGUGGCUGGCAAAAGCACCCUGACCGACCUCAGCCCCUCCGCUGCUGAGGCCGUCCGUGCGUUACAAGAAUUGGCGGCCAAGAGGACGGCCACAAUGUCCGAGGCGGGCCCGUCGGAGAGCGAUGUUAGCGAUUACGACGAAGACGAGAUAGCUGAACGCUUCAAGGCGCUUGCGGAUCAGUUCGAAAGUGCUGAGAGUGACGUCGGCCGUGCGGUAAAAGCUUCGCAAUUCACGCGUGUGUACGAACAGUUCGGCUUGACUGACACGGUGGAGUGGUCGAAGGACGAAGUUUCGGUGAUGAUGUCCUGGGUGAAGAUGUCCGCCGAGCCCGACCCACCAGGGUCAGACUUCAUCUGA